AUGACCGCUGUCACAGAUUCCAUCGUGUUUCGCCAUCUGUUCUCAACUCCACAAUCAUCGGCCAUCUGGUCUGACUCGCGGCGAACGCAGUACUAUCUCGAUUUUGAAGCUUCAUUGGCGAUCGUUCAAGCGCGUUUGGGGAUCAUACCCACAGAAGCUGGGGAGAUCAUAUCAUCGAGAUGUUCGGUUGAGCUGUUUGACAUGGAAGAGCUUGGGGAGGAAACCAAGAAAAUAGGCUAUCCUGUGCUUCCUGUGGUGAAGCAGCUUGUCCGCUCCGUCAACAAUGUCAAGGCAGGGCUUGGAGAGUGGGCACACUGGGGUGCUACAACUCAGGAUGUCACAGAUACUGCCACCAUUCUUCAGAUACGAGACACACUGCACCUAUUUUCAGAAUCGCUGAUGAAAAUAACGGAGGCUUCACGAGAUUUAGCCUUGAAGUAUAAAUCUACUCCCAUGGCUGCUCGUUCCAAUUUACAACAAGCCGUGCCCAUGACCUUUGGCUUCAAAAUGGCGCGCCUGCUAGCCACAUUCGAAAGGCAUCGCAAGAGGCUCGAGGAGAUUUUACCUCGUAUAUUGGUCCUUCAAUUCGGAGGCGCCGUGGGCACCCUUGCGACACUCUCUGAUACAGGCUUGGCACUACAAGUCCAAAACGAAUUGGCGUCCAAGCUCGGUUUAGCCGUCCCAGAUAUAGCCUGGCACACUGAGAGAGACCGAAUCGCCGAGUUUGGUGCGUUCUGCGCGUUACUGACUGGCACCUGCGCAAAAUUUGCGUUCGAUGUCAAGUUGCUCAUGCAGACAGAGGUCGGGGAAGUCGCAGAGCCGUAUGCACCCCAUCGUGGCUCCAGCAGUACCAUGCCCCAGAAAAGAAACCCCAUCUCUAGUGUCUAUAUUACCUCGAUCGCGAGCACCGUCAGACAGUUGAGUACUGCGCUCUUUGAUGGCAUGGUGGAGGAUCACGAACGCAGCACUGGCCCAUGGGAGAUUGAGUGGAUUGUGCUUCCCCAAAUCUCUACCCUGACGCACGCUUGCCUAGAGCACACUCUGGAGCUGCUGCAAGGCCUAGAGGUUUAUCCCGAGGCAAUGAAGAGAAAUCUUGAGAUUACCAAUGGGGCAAUCGUCAGCGAAGCAGUUAUGAUGGGUCUUGGGAAGAAGAUAGGCCGCCAAGUGGCACACGACUUGGUGUACGAUAUAUGCAGGGAGGUAGCAAAAGAUCCAACUGUAUCGCUUAUCGACCUUUUGGCCAGCGAUGAACGCGUCCAGAGAUCGGGACUGAGCAGAGAUCUGUUGGAGAACCUUUGUGAUCCCGCGAACUAUAUCGGACUGAGCGAAGAAAUGGUUCUCAAGCCUAUCAUGGCAUACAACGGUCCAAAAAUGCAGAAGAACUAA